AUGGCUCAACCGGCCAGUGCGAAAUACCACAGCGAACCUUCUGCCCUCUGGGGGAAAGCGUACGACUCUUUGAAAUCUCAGCAUCCCGAGCUUGUAGAAAAAUAUGAGGAGAUUCUCUCAGCACACUUGCCUGGGCAAACCAAUACCAGUAAAAAUGUUGUGUCAACGGACCCGAAGGAGCGGCAAGCCCAAAUGGAAAGUAUCAUGAAGAAUGGCAUGGAACGUGUCGAUGCUAGGAGGAUACGGUACCGCAUCGCCGGCAAAGAGUUUGAUCUGGAAAACCAGGUAUCCGAAGCCACCGACUUACUUCUAUCGGUUCGUGACUGGAUUGCUGGAGCAGUCAAAAGUUCACCGGAAGCUUCGCUAGCAUGGGCGGGCGUCUCAUUGGUCCUGGUCUUUCUCAACAACCGAAGUACAGCUCUGUCGGCCCAGAAUGAAGGCUUUACGUAUGUGACGAGUCGCCUGCGCUACUAUAUCGCUCUGGAAUCUAUCAUGCUGCCUGAAAGCGGAGCGAGCGGGAUCGACGGAAAUUUGAGAGAUAGAUACGAGGAUGUCGUCUUGGACCUGUACAUUCAUGUCCUCAAAUUCCAAAUUCAUAGCGUUCGACGCUUCUACCGUGGCCGUCUUGGGAAUCUGGGCCGCGACCUUAUCAACGCAGACGAAUGGAAGAGCAUGUUGGACAAGAUAAAGGAGCUCGAAGAAGAGAUUGAGAAGAAGUCCGCGCACAUUAACAGCUCUAUUGCGCGAGAGAAGCUCUCGGGUCUCAAGGCAAAUUCCACAUCCACGCUCCAGCUUUUGGAGCGCCAAGUCGAACUCGCCGAAGAGUGGAGUGAUCUCUUUCAACAAAAGGUUGACGCCAUCUUGGAUGCCCUCGCUAAGCAAUCUGAUCUAUACAAGCAAACCUUAAGUGAUGAAGAAAGGAAGAAACUGGACUCCCUGCUUGAAAAACUCUUCGUGAGUGAUUAUGAGAUGUUCAAACACAGGAUCGAUGGAAGAGUCGAGGGAACUUGUCAAUGGUUCCUGGAACACCAGAACUACAAGCAAUGGCUCUCUCAAGACUCAGGCCCUCUAUUUGUGUCUGCUGACCCGGGCUGCGGCAAAUCUGUCCUUGCAAAGUAUCUGGUGGACGAAGCCCUUCCUCGAGAUGCAACCAUUUGCUAUUUCUUCUUCAAGGAUCCAUACGCAACCACCGCCAAACAGGCCGUCUGUUCCACUGUCCAUCAGUUGCUCAAGCAGAAGCCACACCUCGCUCACCACGCACUUGACCACUUUAGAGGAGUUGGAGAACAUUUGCCCGAGGCGCUAAGUGUUGUCUGGAAUAUGUUAGUCGACACAGUCACGGACCCCGAAGCAGGACACAUCAUUUGGGUCGUUGAUGCUCUGGAUGAGUGUGCCGAGCUGGAGCUCAGAGACCUGAUAUCCUUGAUUGAAGGAUUCUUCGACUCGUCGAAAUCAAAGAGGACAAAGUUUCGGAUACUUCUCACCAGUAGACCUUAUUACUCCGUGACAACCAAGGUCGAAUACGCGUUAGCUGAAUCGUUUCCCAAUAUCAGGAUUCCUGGUGAAGAUGAAUCCGACGCAAUAAUGGAAGAGGUGGACCGGGUCAUCCGUUACCGGAUCGAGAGACUCUCCAAUCUCUACGCCUUGAAGAAGAGUCUCAGAGACCAUCUGGAGGCCCGAAUCUUCCAAAUUGAACAUCGCACCUACCUUUGGGUCCACCUGGUAUUCGAUUACCUAGAGAAGAGCAAAUUUCAGAAGACAAUGAGGGGAAUAUCGGAUCGUAUUGAUACUGUUCCAGCCAAAGUAGACGGCGUAUAUGAACAAAUUCUUCUGCGAGUUGAGGAAGAAAACAGAGAAACAGUUCAGAAAGCGCUAAGCAUCAUUUUGGCAGCGGACCGUCCCUUGACUUUGCAGGAAAUGAAUGUUGCGUUGAACGUCGCCUCUGACAUGUCUGGUGAGGAUGAACUAGAUCUCGAAGACGACGAUGACUUCAAGAACACACUUCGAGACUGGUGCAGCUUGUUUGUGACCGUUUACAAUGGUCGCGUUACUUUGAUCCAUCAGACUGCCAGAGAAUUUCUCUUGGCCAAAUUCGACCAAGGACGCCCGACGGAAGCGUUGGAGACAAGUACAAAGAGUUGGCAACAUUCGAUACCACUGUCUCGUGCACACGCCAUCUUGUCAAUAAGCUGUGUAGCUUAUCUGAACUACAUGCGACUUCGAGGCCUACAAUUUGAUGAACCAGAGAUCGAGUCCAUCAUCAAGGAGCACCCUUUCCUGGGAUACGCGUGCUGGCACUGGUCGUCGCAUAUCCGUGAUUGUGGGUACGUGAGUGACGAAAUUCGGCAUUUAUACAUAUCCAUUUGUUCUCCUGAUCAGAGUCUGUGCAAAUUCUGGCUAGAAUUGGGCAGAGAGCUUCGACGCCUGUACUCAUGGAAGGGAGAUGACAAGAUGUUUCGAAUACGUGACCUCAGCGUAGAGGAUCUGCUGCCCCAGACUCUGCCGGCAUAUUUCGGCCAUCUGGAGGGCUUGAAGAUGCUAGAAGGAUCAGAGAAAUCGCAGACCAGCCGAGAGGCAUUAUCGCCAUUUUUCGCCGCCUGCUGGGGCGGUCACAGCCAGGUGGCUCAAUAUCUAUUGGAGAGAGGUGACAAUACGGAUACCACGUUCAGAGAUCAGCAUGUCCUCAGUCUCGCACUGGGAAGAGACGCUUCUGGGAAACCAUGGACUGGUGUGUUCCUGGAGAUAUUCUCUCGCAUCAUUGAAGAUGUUCCCCCGAGGCGCCUCCACGCUCUUCAAGGAUAUGAACAUUGGGGAUUUGAUGAUAAUAUGUACCCUAGCCUCCACUACGCGGCAGCCUAUCUGGAUCUCAUUUACCUGGAAAUUCUCCUGAGAAAGCGUGGGAUCGAGAUAGACGUGCGGGAUUCCUUGGGAAGAACCGCACUUCACUGUGCCAGGGGUGCGGAAAAGGUGCUGUGCCUUCUCCAGCAUGGUGCGUCUGUUUCCGCGGAAGAUUAUCUAUGUCAAACACCGCUAUUCUGUUCCCAGGGAGCAGAAGGGAAGAAGUUGUUGAUCGAAUGGGGGGCCGAUAUACAUGCCACUGACGUCCAUGGGAGGACUGCACUCCAUGAGGCGAAGGAUGCAGACGAUGUAUCAGUCCUAGUUGAGAGUGGAGUUCCUGUCGAUGCCUUGGAUCACAAUGGUCUUACGCCUCUGCUCUACAAAACCACUCCGACAGUGGUGACGGACGCACAGUCCGGCCCAAUUACUGCUCUUUUAGAGCUGGGAGCCAACCCAAAUGCGAAGGACCGGGACGGUAUAAGCCCAUUGGCUGCCAUCGUCAGAGUGGGCUCAUCUGGAUUGGACAAGGCUAGCACAAUUAUGUCGACGUUGCUUCGAUAUGGUGCUGAUCCUAAUAUUCCGGAUAACCAUGGCUUGAACCCCUUGUGUUUCGCGUCCGGCGGAUUCUGGCGUUCCAGAAUGAAGUCAAUCGUGGAGACUCUCCUCAACAAUGGAGCGAACGUGAACAGCAAGGAUGAACUGGGACGCACGCCCCUUCACUAUGCCUGCUGGAACGCUCGUACAAAACUCGUCAAGUACCUAUUGCGUCGGGGUGCAGACGUCCAGAUAACAGACCUGGAGGGCAACUCACCAUUGCACCUCUGCACACUUCCCGCGAUACUGCAGGAUUGGGAGAUCAUGUACACGGCCUCGGUAGUGGAAUUGCUCAAUCGAGCCGGGGCAAAGUUUGACGCUGUCAAUCACCGUGGUAUGACACCGCUCCUCGCCGCGGCCGCGAACGAGCGUUACCUCCAUUGGAUAGCAGCCUUGGCUGAAGCGACGAAGAGCGACACUUUGGUGGCUGAUGAUCGCGGGAUGACAGUACUUCACCAUCUCGCUGCCAACGUUCAACUCGGGAAACGAAUUGACGCAGAGAGACGUGAUGGCACGGAGCUUUUAGAAACAGUGCUAAAUCGCCUGUGGGAGACUGGCGCCGAAGCAGUCCUGGAAGCACGCGACAAAGAGGGCCGAACACCACUACUCGUUGCAGCAUCUCACGCAAACGACGCAGUGCUCAGAGCCCUUUUGGACAGAGGGGCCUCUGUAGAGGCAAAAGAUGAGAUGGGAAAUACGGUUCUUCACUGUCUAAGUCUCGGUGAUCCUGUUGGUGUGUAUGAAGCAGACAAAUGCUUCUACAGAGUAUCGACAGCGUGGCAGAGCACGAGGCAAAGCUUCGACGUCAGAAAUAACAAAGGGAGGACGCCUCUGCACGAAGCGUGUGAUCGCGGCAAAGCAUUCCUAUCAGAAGCUCUUGCCUGGUCCGGAGCAGACCCCGGCGCCCUCGACAAUACCGAUUGCGAUCCGCUGCAACUUGUCCCCGAGGUCUGGAGGGACGAUAUGCGUGGAUUUGUUGAACGCGGCUGUGCCUCGAGAGGCCAGCAGCGACCACAACCGUUCCACGAGGACAACUACGCUCCGAUCCGGUGGCCUCCCGCACUACCACGUUCGGUAGCAAGUUCUGCUGGGUGA